AUGUUGAUCCGUCACCCUCUUCUCGUGGCUCUCACCUUGCUAGCCGUUCCAACGGGGGUGUUAUCCCGGAAAGGCGGAGGCGGCGACAUCGACAGCGACAGCAGUAGUAGUAGCCCCGGUGGCUCUGGUGGCUCCAGUGACUACGAUGACUCCAGUGACUCCAGCGGCAGCGACGACACCUACACACCCUCUACACCAUCUUCCGUCUCCUGCACAGAUACCCACCGCCUCAAUCUCGAAGAUAUGCAGCCCGACCACUACGACAAAUACAACCGCGAACCACGCCGUGGCCAUGCAAGCGCAUACAGCGAAUACGACGGCGUCUUCUUCAAAGGCGAAGCCAGCUUCACAUACACAAUCGAACCGGUCCCUAAUAAAACGACCGAAAUGCUCAGUUCAUCGAAGGUGGAAUGUCCAGCUGGCGAACGCACCAUGCGCAUGCUAGGCGCUGCAUGGGUUGCAGCCAGAGCGCCCGAACCUGCUGGACUAAGCAAUCCCAUUACGAUAGGCUUCAAGGCCUGGGAGAGCAACAUCCGUCUCGCAGAUAUCGAUUAUUCGUACAGUGUGUGUGAUAAAGUGGAUGUUGUGCGCUUGUCGACGACUGUGGACUGGAUCGAGAACGAUGAAGAUGAGGCCAAGGCUAUGGAUGCUGUGGAAUUGAAUAUCACCCAGGCUGCUGGGAACAGCGAUAUGGUCGAAUUCGAUGGUGUGUAUGAUUUGAAGAGCUGGGCUGAUAGCGAACGGGAUGAUGGGCGACCUGAACGCUAUGAUAAUCCUGGCCUUUCGGAUCAAUUGAUUAUUCUUCCCGAGGGCUUAUGCUCUGAUGGUAAUAAGUUGGGGGAGAUCAUCACUGUGUGGCCUACUGGGACAUACUUUAGUGGGUCUAUGACCAAUGACACUCUUGAGCUGAGUAUGUCUGGGUCUACGGUUACUGGGUUUAAAGAGAGGAAUCGCCGUACGCCUGACACGAAAGUAAAUGUGACUUUCGAAAUUACAUUCACGGGUAGGCUUGAUGCUGCGAACUCAACACAGGUCGUGCUGACGGGGGCAUCGAACGACGAUGCAUCACUGUUCAGCUUUGAGAGGGCGACUGGUGGUGCCAGCGCCAUGACUAUGUCCUUUCACUGCGUGUUACUUUGUUUCUUGGUUGGUUUCGGGUUAAUGGUUGUAUGA